GGAAAACGCGCGGGUUUGCGGCCGUCGGGGUCCUGCGUCUUCUUCCGGAUCGCAGGCGGUGAAGUAUACUUUAAAUGGAAGUGGAUACUUUCUAUGAUAAAUGAAAAUGGCCAAUUCUUUAAGAGGAGAAGUUCUGAAUCUUUAUAAAAAUCUGCUGUAUCUUGGACGAGACUAUCCCAAAGGUGCAGACUAUUUUAAAAGGCGCCUGAAGAAUGUUUUCCUUAAAAACAAAGAUGUGAAGGACCCAGAGAAGAUCAAAGAGCUUAUCAGACGGGGUGAAUUUGUAAUGAAAGAGCUAGAAGCCUUAUACUUCCUUAGAAAAUACAGAGCUAUGAAACAACGCUAUUAUUCAGAUGAUAACUAAAGUAACAGAUUAGUUCUGUCGUUUGAAAAGCAGCACAGCUGUUUAUGUAAACAGACAUAACUAACAAAAUGGCGAGAUGCAAUGCCAAAACCACCUCAACUGCCUUAUUCAUCACACUAAAAUGGUUUAACUUCUCUACAUGCUGAGCUCUAUCAACUGCCCUUUAGGCUCAGUUUUUAUGUGGAAAGCAGCAAUUUGCUCUAUUGCUGCCAACCAGAAAUACAAAUCAACAAGCAUCCAAUUCUGCAUGAAAAUACAAUGCUUGAAAAAAAAAAUUAAAGCAAAAAAAUGUAUACCAAAGACGUUUAGCCCACUUCUCCAAUGUGCUAUAUGAUAAAUACUUCACAGAGCAAAGUGACUUCUUGGAAAUUCAUUCCUUUGACUUUUUGAGGGUGUACCCUCAACUUUUUUUUCUUAACUCCAUGUGACACAUUAUGACAAUAUAUGGUUCCCUACAAAGAAAGUAACACC